CAUAGAUACAUGUACAUAUUUUGCAGAAAUCAAGGAUAAAUUUAAAGUGUAUUUCUUUGCGCCUUUUCGUAACGCAGUUCUUAAUUAUAUUUUUGUAUUCACAUGUAAAAAAUUCUAAAAUUCUAUUAAAAUGUCUCGUGAUAUAAGAUCAUUUUUUGCACCCAAAAAUUCUUCAUCCAAAGUGGUAAAAACUGCAACCGAACUACCAAAACGAAGAGCAAUUGCUUUAUCAAGUGAUGAUGAUGACGAUAAAGAUCAAGUAAAAGGAACUCCAAAAGAAAAACGUGAAAAAACCAAAGUUGUGAAAAAACGCCGUGUUAUAGAAUCUGACGAUGAUGAUAUUGUAACUGAAACACCCACAAAGCCUAAAAAUAAAAAGCCGAAUUUGUCAAAACUUUUGGAAAAUCUUACACCAAAAUAUAAAAAAGAAACUACAGAAGAAAUUGAAGCAAAAUUUGGUCAUGUACCAAAACGAAUAGAAAGAAAAAAGGCUCCGCCUAAAAUAAAAUCAAUAGAACAUUCGGAUAAAAAUUCGGAUAUUAUUGCCCUGGAUGACGAUUUUAAUGACUCAUUGAUUAAAUUAAGUGAAAAUGAAUUUUCUGAAAAUAAUCUAAAUAAAAAAAAUGAUGUAGAAAGUCCCACAAAAAAUGCAUUUGUUACAGAAAACUCAAAAAAUACAAAAAAAAGUCCAACAAAAAGUUCAAAAAAUGAAAUUGUAAAAGAUAAUGAUGUUGAAAAGGAAAAAACCGUUUUGGAAAAUGCUGUUAAAAGUCCUUCAAGUAAAACAAGGAUAGCUUCCUCGAAAGACAAUAACGAUAAAAAAAAUUUGGAUGUUAAAAAAUCUUUGUUUGAUAAAAGUUUCGAAAGUGAAUCUGAUCGUACUCCCAAAACAAAAUCAACUAAAAAAUCUGAUAUGGACAGUAGCAUUCUAACUGAUGAAGAUCGCCAUGAACGGAAACGAAUGAGUGCGAUUUUGUAUCAGAAAUAUAAAAAUCGUUCCAGUGCUAUUAAUCCAGGUUCAAAAGAAAUUCCUAAAGGGAAACCAAAUUGUUUAUCUGGACUAACAUUUCUUGUAACCGGUAUAUUAGAAUCAAUGGAACGAGAUGAAGCAAAUCAAGUUAUAAAAGAUUUUGGAGGCAAAGUAAUGUCAACUGUUGGUAAACGUCUAAAUUAUAUGAUAGUUGGAGAAGAAGCUGGUCCUAAAAAACUUGCAACUGCUGAAGAUUUAGGUGUGAAAAUAAUUUCAGAAGAUGGACUUUUUGAUUUAAUUAGAGAAAAAUCUAAUAUGGAUAUUUCAAAUAAAGUUACAACUAGUCCAAAAGAUAAAAAACAUGUUCCAAAAGUAGUAGAAAAUUCGAAGGAAAAAAGUAAAAGUCCUCAAAUUAAAACAAAAAAAGAAAAAACUGAAGAAAAAAGUCUGAAAAGAGAAACUGAAGAAAAAGUUAUGAAAGUUCCAAAUGAAAAAAUUCAAGAAAAAUCUAGUGAAAAAAGAAAAAUUAAUGAUAACGAAGAAUAUGUAAAAGUAAAAAAAGAAAAAAAAGAAAGUCCUCAAAAGAUGCAAGAUAUUUCACCCAAGAAAACUGAGAUCAAAGAAAUAUCCAAAGUUGAUAAUAGUAUGUUAUCAUGGGUUGAUAAAUAUAAACCAACAAAUUUGAAACAAAUUAUUGGUCAACAAGGAGCUGCUAGCAAUUGCGUUAAGUUACAAAAUUGGUUAUCGAAAUGGUACAUUAAUCACGACGGUAAGAAAAAAUUACAAAAACCUAAUCCGUGGGCUAAAAAUGAUGACGGGUCGUAUUAUAAGGCUGCCUUAUUAUCCGGACCUCCUGGAAUAGGAAAAACAACAACCGCUCAUUUAGUUUGCAAAGAACUAGGCUUUGAUGUUGUGGAAUUUAAUGCUUCCGACACUCGAAGUAAAAAGCUUCUUAAAGAAGAAGUAUCAGAAUUAUUAUCAAAUAAAUCAUUAUAUGGUUAUUUUAAUGGCCAAUCUGUGUCUAAAAAGCACGCUCUAUUGAUGGAUGAAGUUGACGGUAUGGCUGGAAACGAAGAUCGAGGUGGUAUUAGUGAACUAAUCUCAUUAAUAAAAGAUUCAUCAAUUCCGAUAAUUUGCAUGUGCAAUGAUAGAAAUCAUCAAAAAAUGAGAUCUCUGGUUAACUAUUGUUAUGAUUUAAGAUUUAAUAAGCCACGUUUAGAGCAAAUCCGGGGCCCUUUGAUGUCAAUAUGUUUUAAAGAGAAAUUAAAAUUGCCUUCUGGUAAAAUUGAUGAAAUAAUUUCAGCAACCAAUAAUGAUAUUAGACAGACUAUAAAUCAUCUGUCAUUACUUGCUGCUGGUGAUGAGUCUAAAAUUGAAGUUAAGGAAAAAGAAAGAACUGCAGAAAAGGAUUUAAAAUUAGGACCAUGGGAUGUAGUGCGAAAAGUUUUUACAGUAGAAGAUCAAAAGAAAAUGAAUAUUCAUGAAAAAAGUGAUUUGUUUUUUAAUGAUUAUAGUUUAGGUCCAUUGUUUGUUCAACAAAAUUAUUUACAAGUUUUACCUGAUGGGCCAAAAGAUAAAAUUCCAGAAAAAGUUGCGUUAGCUGCUGAUUAUUUAAGUUUAGGAGAUUUAAUAGAUAAACGUAUACGAUCUAAUUCCGCUUGGAGUCUUCUACCAACACAAGCUAUGUUUAGUUCAGUUAUGCCAGGUGAAUGCAUGUCAGGGCAUUUUGUUGGUCAAAUUAAUUUCCCAGGUUGGUUAGGUAAAUAUUCAAAAGCAAAUAAACGUAAACGCUUGGCUCAAGAGUUGCAUGAUCAUACAAGGAUAAGAACUUCUGGAUCAAGACUUUCAAUUAGAUUAGACUACGCGCCAUUCCUAUUAGAUUCUAUAGUAAGACCUUUAAAAAAGGAUGGUAUUGAUGGCGUACAAAGUUCACUUAAUAUUAUAAAAGAGUAUAGACUAUUAAGAGAAGAUAUAGAAUCUUUAAUAGAAUUGACAACAUGGCCUGGUCGUAAAAAUCCAAUGGACGCUGUAGAUGGAAAAGUUAAAGCGGCUUUAACAAGAGCUUAUAACAAGGAAGUUUUAGCCUAUUCAUAUUCUGCAAUGGCUGGUGUCAAAAAGAAAAAGGCAGAGAAAAUGGAUGAUAUUAAUGAAAUUGAUGAGGAGAAUGUUGAACUUGGCGGAGGAGAAACUAUUAUUUCUGAUAAUGAAGAUGAUGAUAAUAUUGAAAAUGAUGCAUUAAUCAAAGCUAAGAAAAAACCUGCAUCCAAAGCUGGAACAUCAAAGGAAACAAAAGUAGAUUCCAAUAAAACUACUAAAAAAUCCAAAACAAAGAAAUAGUAGUUGAAACACAGUUAAAUUUUAGGUUUUCUAAUUCUAGUUACUACGAAUAAUAAAAAUAUGUCAUAU